GAUGAAUUCCACCCAUUUAUCGAGGCUCUCCUGCCUCAUGUUAAAGCUUUCUCCUACACGUGGUUUAAUCUCCAAGCUGCCAAGCGGAAAUACUUCAAGAAGCAUGAAAAACGCAUGUCAGUGGAAGAGGAGCGGAUGUGUAAGGACGAUCUCCAGAACGAGCGGGAAGAGGUGAAACAAAAGUGGGCGUCCCGUCUACUAGGGAAGUUGAGGAAAGACAUAGCUCAGGAGUACCGGGAAAACUUUGUUCUCUGCAUCACAGGAAAGAAGUGGCCAACGUGCGUGCUGAGCAACCCCGACCAGAAAGGCAAAAUGCGACGAAUUGACUGUCUAAGACAAGCUGACAAGGUUUGGCGGCUGGACUUGGUGAUGGUGAUUCUGUUCAAGGCCAUUCCUCUGGAAAGCACAGAUGGAGAACGGCUAGAGAAGUCACCAGAAUGUCUCCAUUCUAGCCUUUGUGUGAACCCGUUCCAUAUUAACGUGUCCGUCCGAGAGCUUGACCUUUAUCUGGCCAAUUUUAUAUUCAGUCAAG